GCCUCCGCCGCCGCUGCCAGGGACGUGCUGGGAAAGCCGAAGCCCCGGGAGAAGAUGCCGGCCAUCCUGGUCGCCUCCAAAAUGAAGUCGGGACUGCCCAAACCCGUGCACAGCGCCGCGCCCAUCCUGCACGUGCCCCCGGCCCGGGCCGGUCCCCAGCCCUGCUACCUCAAGUUGGGAAGCAAGGUGGAGGUGAGCAAGACCGCCUACUCCAGCCAGAUCCCGCUGAAAUCGCAGGGACUGCAGGAGCCGGCCGGGGAGGGGCUCCCGCUGCGGACCAGCGGCUCGGUGGAGAACGGGUUCGAUACCCAGAUCUACACGGACUGGGCCAAUCAUUAUCUAGCCAAAUCGGGCCACAAACGUCUCAUCAAGGAUCUCCAGCAAGAUGUGACGGACGGUGUCCUCCUGGCCCAGAUUAUCCAGGUCGUGGCAAAUGAAAAGAUUGAAGACAUCAAUGGCUGUCCAAAGAACAGAUCACAAAUGAUUGAAAACAUAGACGCCUGCUUGAAUUUCCUGGCAGCUAAGGGGAUAAACAUCCAGGGGCUGUCUGCCGAAGAAAUCAGGAAUGGAAACCUCAAGGCCAUUCUAGGCCUCUUCUUCAGCCUCUCCCGGUACAAACAGCAGCAGCAACAGCCCCCAAAGCAGCAUCUCUCCUCACCGCUGCAGCCUGCUGUGUCCCAGGCGGCCGGGGCCCCCUCCCAGUGCCAGCCUGGCACUCUUCAGCAACAGGUGCCAGCCACUCCCCAAGCACCGUGCCAGCCUCACCAGCCAGCGCCUCAUCAGCAGUCAAAAGCACAAGUUGAAAUGCAGUCCAGUGCAUCAUUCAAGGAUUCAUCUCAAAGCAAAAUCAUCCGCUUCACUCUGGGUCAGAAAAAGAUCUCUAGACUUCCAGGUCCUACCGCAAGGGUAUCCGCUGCAGGCAGCGAAGCCAAAACCCGCGGAGGGUCAGCCACUGCUAACAACCGACGCAGUCAGAGCUUUAACAACUACGACAAGUCCAAACCAGUUACCUCCCCACCCCCGACCCUGCCACCAAGCAGUCAUGAGAAAGAGUUACUGGCCAGCCCAGCCUCCUCCCUCCCCGGAAUGAGCGAGAAUGUAUCAGCUCCCCUGGAGAGCUGCAGCACCUCCCCGUCUGCUAAUUGCAGUGCCUCCUCGUCCAUCCCCCAGCCCGGUGCCGCCUCCAAGCCCUGGCGCAGCAAGUCCAUCAGCGUGAAGCACAGCGCCACCUCGUCCAUGCUCUCAGUCAAGCAGCCCAUGCCCGAGGCCCCCAGGCCCACCCCUGAAGCCAUGAAGCCAGCCCCCAACAAUCAGAAGUCCAUGUUGGAAAAGCUAAAACUUUUCAACAGUAAAGGGGGCUCCAAGGUGGGUGAGGGGCCCGGGUCACGGGACACAAGCUGUGAGCGGCUGGAGAUCCUGCCCAGCUUUGAAGAGAGUGAAGAAAUAGAGGCCAACAGCCGCUCGCUCUCCACUCCAGGCCCCGUGUCCAACAGCCCCAAGAUUGCGCUCAAGGGCAUUGCCCAGAGAACUUUCAGCCGGGCGCUGACCAACAAGAAGAGCUCUCCAAAAGGCAGUGAGAAAGAAAAGGAGAAACAGCAGCGGGAGAAGGAAAAGGAGAAAAGCAAGGAUGUGGCCAAGAGAGCCUCUGUGGCAGAGAGGCCGGACCUCAAAGAGGGGCCGAAGGAAGACCCCAGCGGGGCAGUGGUGGCAGACAUGCCAAAAAAGUCCUCCAAGAUCGCCAGCUUCAUCCCCAAAGGGGGGAAGCUCAACAGUGCCAAGAAGGAGGCCCCAGCCCCUUCCCACAGUGGAAUACCAAAACCAGGAAUGAAGAGUGUGCCCACGAAAUCCCCAAGUGCCCCCAUCCCCUCCAAGGAGGGCGAGCGGAGCCGGGGUGGGAAGCCGAGCUCAGGGCUCCCCCAGCAGAAGCCCCAACUGGAUGGCAGACAUUCCAGUUCCUCCUCCAGUCUGGCAUCCUCGGAGGGGAAAGGCCCAGGAGGGACCACCCUCAACCACAGCAUCAGCAGCCAGACUGUCAGUGGGUUUGUGGGGACCACCCAGACCACAGGAAGCAAUACUGUCAGUGUCCAGCUACCUCAGCCCCAGCAGCAAUACAGCCACCCCAACACUGCUACGGUCGCGCCUUUCCUGUACAGGUCCCAGACAGACACCGAAGGGAAUGUCACUGCUGAAUCCAGCUCUGCAGGCGUGAGCAUGGAGCCCGGCCACUACACCAAGAGUGGACAGCCUGCUCUGGAAGAACUCACCGGGGAAGACCCCGAGGCUCGGCGACUUCGGACAGUGAAGAACAUCGCUGAUCUGCGUCAGAAUUUGGAGGAGACCAUGUGCAGUUUGCGGGGAACUCAGGUCACACACAGCACAUUGGAAACAACAUUUGACACCAACGUCACCACGGAGAUCAGCGGGCGCAGCAUCCUCAGCCUGACCGGAAGGCCCACUCCUCUGUCCUGGAGACUCGGCCAGUCCAGCCCUCGGCUCCAGGCAGGAGAUGCCCCCUCUCUGGGCAAUGGGUACCCACCGCGUGCCAAUGCCAGCCGGUUCAUCAACACUGAGUCGGGCCGCUACGUGUAUUCAGCCCCACUGAGGAGGCAGCUGGCCUCCAGGGGCAACAGCGUCUGCCAUGUGGACGUCUCAGACAAGACAGGGGAUGAGCUGGACCUGGAAGGCAUCAGCAUGGACGCCCCCGGGUACAUGAGCGAUGGGGACGUGCUGAGCAAGAACAUCCGGACGGAUGACAUCACGAGCGGGUACAUGACUGAUGGUGGACUUGGCCUCUACACCCGUCGCCUGAACCGACUCCCCGAUGGGAUGGCUGUGGUGCGGGAGACGCUGCAAAGAAAUACCUCUCUGGGCCUUGGAGAUGCUGACAGCUGGGAUGACAGCAGCUCCGUGAGCAGCGGGAUCAGCGACACCAUCGACAACCUCAGCACUGAUGACAUCAACACCAGCUCCUCCAUCAGUUCCUAUGCCAACACGCCUGCCUCCUCCCGAAAAAACCUGGAUGUGCAGACGGACGCCGAGAAGCACUCGCAGGUGGAGAGAAGCUCCCUGUGGUCUGGUGAUGAUGUCAAGAAGUCAGACGGAGGCUCAGACAGCGGCAUAAAGAUGGAGCCAGGGUCUAAGUGGAGGCGGAAUCCCUCUGACGUGUCUGACGAGUCUGACAAGAGCACUUCAGGCAAGAAGAACUCUGUCAUCUCGCAGACAGGCUCCUGGCGAAGAGGCAUGACAGCGCAGGUGGGCAUCACUGUGCCAAGGACGAAGCCAGCCACCCCCGCAGGCACGUUGAAGACCCCCGGAACCGGAAAAACAGAUGAUGCAAAGGUAUCUGAGAAGGGAAGGCUGUCUCCCAAAGCCUCUCAGGUGAAGCGCUCUCCAUCCGAUGCUGGCCGCAGCAGUGGUGAUGAAUCCAAAAAAGCCCUUCCCAGCAGCUCCAGGGCGCCUACCGCUAAUGCCAACAGCUUUGGGUUCAAGAAGCAGAGCGGCUCGGCCGCUGGUCUGGCCAUGAUCACAGUCAGCGGGGCCACUGUCACCAGCAGAUCAGCCACUCUAGGCAAAAUCCCAAAGUCGUCUGCACUUGUCAGUCGGUCUGCUGGUCGGAAGACGAGCAUGGAUGGGGUUCAGAAUCAGGAUGAUGGCUACCUGUCUCUCAGCUCCCGGACAAACUUACAGUACCGGAGUUUGCCAAGGCCCAGUAAGUCCACCAGCCGGAAUGGAGCUGGGAACAGGUCUAGUACCAGCAGCAUAGAUUCCAACAUCAGCAGUAAGUCAGCAGGCCUGCCGGUGCCCAAGCUGAGGGAGCCUUCCAAAGCGGCCCUCGGUAGCUCUCUCCCAGGUCUGGUCAACCAGACAGAUAAGGAGAAAGGCAUCUCGUCGGACAAUGAAAGCGUGGCUUCUUGUAACUCAGUGAAAGUGAAUCCUGCAGCCCAGCCUGUGUCCAGUACUGCUCAGACCACUCUCCAGCCAGGGGCUAAGUACCCUGACGUGGCCUCUCCCACGCUGCGCAGACUCUUUGGUGGGAAACCUAGCAAGCAAAUGCCCAUCGCCACAGCUGAAAACAUGAAAAACUCAGUGGUCAUCUCCAAUCCUCAUGCCACCUUGACCCAGCAAGGUAACUUAGAGUCUCCCUCGGGCAGCGGCGUUCUGAGCAGCGGGAGCAGCAGCCCUCUCUACAGUAAGAAUGUGGAUAUCAACCAGUCUCCUCUAGCCUCCAGCCCCAGCUCAGCCCACUCAGGUCCCUCCAACAGCCUCACCUGGGGCACCAACGCCAGCAGUUCCUCAGCAGUUAGCAAGGACGGCCCUGGCUUCCAGUCCGUCAGCAGCCUCCACACCAGCUGUGAGUCCAUUGACAUCUCCCUGAGCAGUGGAGGGGCACUGAGUCACAAUUCCUCCACGGGCCUCCUUGCCUCCUCUAAGGACGACUCCCUGACGCCCUUUGUCAGAACCAACAGCGUGAAGACCACACUGUCGGAAAGCCCUCUCUCUUCCCCUGCCGCUAGCCCUAAGUUCUGCAGAAGUACUCUGCCCAGGACACAGGACAGUGACCCGCACCUUGAUAGGAACACUUUGCCUAAGAAAGGACUCAGGUAUACUCCCACCUCCCAGCUUCGCCCACAAGAAGAUGCAAAGGAAUGGUUACGGUCUCACUCUGCGGGCGGCCUGCAGGACACCGCCGCCAAUUCUCCUUUCUCCUCUGGUUCCAGUGUAACUUCUCCCUCAGGAACAAGAUUCAACUUCUCCCAGCUUGCGAGCCCCACCACUGUCACCCAAAUGAGCUUGUCCAACCCGACCAUGCUGAGGACGCACAGCCUCUCCAACGCCGAUGGGCAGUAUGACCCAUACACCGACAGCCGCUUCCGGAACAGUUCCAUGUCCCUGGAUGAGAAGAGCAGGACCAUGAGCCGUUCGGGCUCAUUCCGGGAUGGGUUUGAAGAAGUUCAUGGAUCCUCACUCUCCUUGGUUUCCAGCACGUCAUCAAUUUACUCUACACCGGAAGAAAAAUGCCAAUCAGAGAUUCGCAAACUGCGGCGAGAGCUGGAUGCCUCCCAGGAAAAGGUUUCAGCUUUGACCACCCAGCUGACAGCAAAUGCUCAUCUGGUGGCAGCCUUCGAACAGAGUCUUGGAAACAUGACAAUCAGGCUCCAGAGUUUGACCAUGACAGCUGAGCAGAAGGAUUCAGAACUGAAUGAAUUAAGAAAAACCAUUGAGCUACUAAAGAAACAAAACGCAGCAGCCCAGGCUGCUAUUAAUGGAGUAAUUAACACACCGGAGCUCAACUGCAAAGGAAACGGCAGCGCCCAGUCUGCAGACCUGCGCAUCCGCAGACAACACUCCUCCGACAGCGUGUCCAGCAUCAACAGCGCCACCAGCCACUCCAGUGUGGGCAGCAACAUCGAGAGCGAUUCAAAGAAAAAGAAGAGGAAGAAUUGGUUACGCAGCUCCUUCAAGCAAGCUUUUGGUAAGAAGAAGUCCCCCAAGUCAGCGUCUUCGCACUCAGACAUUGAGGAGAUGACGGAUUCUUCUUUGCCUUCCUCACCAAAGUUACCACACAACGGCUCUGCGGGUUCCACGCCACUGCUGAGGAAUUCGCACUCCAACUCUCUAAUCUCAGAAUGCAUGGAUAGCGAAGCUGAGACAGUCAUGCAGCUGCGAAAUGAGCUGAGAGACAAGGAGAUGAAGCUGACCGACAUCCGCCUAGAAGCCCUAAGCUCUGCACACCAGCUUGACCAGCUCCGGGAAGCCAUGAACAGGAUGCAGAGUGAAAUAGAGAAGCUGAAGGCUGAGAAUGAUCGUCUGAAGUCGGAGUCUCAAGGCAGCGGCUGCAGCCGGGCCCCCUCCCAGGUGUCUCUCUCUGCCUCCCCAAGGCAGUCCCUCGGCCUCUCCCAGCACAGCCUGAACCUCACGGAGUCAACCAGCCUGGACAUGUUGCUGGAUGACACUGGUGAAUGCUCGGCUCGGAAGGAAGGAGGCAGGCAUGUUAAGAUAGUUGUCAGCUUUCAGGAGGAAAUGAAGUGGAAGGAGGAUUCCAGACCACACCUCUUUCUUAUUGGCUGCAUUGGAGUUAGUGGCAAGACGAAGUGGGAUGUGCUCGAUGGGGUGGUUAGACGGCUGUUCAAAGAAUACAUCAUUCAUGUCGACCCGGUGAGUCAGCUAGGGUUGAAUUCAGAUAGUGUUCUCGGCUACAGCAUUGGGGAGAUCAAGCGCAGCAACGCUUCCGAGACACCCGAGCUUCUUCCCUGUGGCUAUCUGGUCGGGGAGAACACCACCAUCUCUGUGACUGUCAAAGGCCUCGCAGAGAACAGCCUGGAUUCCCUGGUGUUCGAGUCCCUGAUCCCCAAGCCCAUCCUGCAGCGCUACGUCUCCCUGCUGGUGGAACACAGGCGGAUCAUCCUGUCUGGCCCCAGUGGCACUGGGAAGACCUACCUGGCCAACCGGCUCUCAGAGUACCUGGUGCUUCGGGAGGGACGGGAGCUGACAGACGGGGUCAUCGCCACCUUCAACGUGGAUCACAAGUCCAGCAAGGAGCUGCGCCAGUACCUGUCCAACCUUGCCGACCAGUGCGCCAGCGAGAACAACGCGGCGGACCUGCCUGUCGUCAUCAUCCUAGACAACCUGCAUCAUGUCAGCUCCCUGGGCGAGAUCUUCAAUGGGCUGCUCAACUGCAAGGACCACAAAUGCCCUUACAUAAUUGGCACCAUGAACCAGGCUACCUCUUCCACUCCUAACCUGCAGCUCCAUCACAACUUCAGGUGGGUGCUCUGUGCCAACCACACAGAACCUGUGAAGGGUUUCCUCAGCCGCUUCCUGAGGCGGAAGCUCAUGGAAACAGAGAUCAGUGGGCGGGUACGGAAUGUGGAGCUGGUAAAAAUCAUCGACUGGAUUCCCAAGGUCUGGCAUCACCUAAACCGCUUCCUGGAGGCUCACAGCUCCUCAGAUGUCACCAUAGGCCCCCGGCUCUUCCUGUCGUGUCCCAUCGAUGUGGAUGGCUCCCGGGUGUGGUUCACUGACUUAUGGAACUACUCAAUUAUCCCCUAUCUCCUGGAAGCCGUCAGAGAAGGACUCCAGCUCUACGGAAGGCGGGCCCCCUGGGAGGACCCUGCCAAGUGGGUGAUGGACACCUACCCAUGGGCAGCCAGCCCCCAGCAGCACGAGUGGCCACCCCUGCUGCAGCUCCGGCCUGAAGACGUGGGCUUUGAUGGUUACUCCUUGCCUCGGGAGGGCUCAACCAGCAAGCAGGUGCCCCCGAGCAGUGCUGAUGGAGACCCGCUGAUGAACAUGCUGAUGAGGCUGCAGGAGGCCGCCAACUACUCCAGCCCCCAGAGCUACGACAGCGACUCCAACAGCAAUAGCCAUCACGAUGACAUCCUGGAUUCGUCCCUGGAGUCCACGCUGUGAUGGGCCCAACCACAGAGCCCGCCCCUCCUCUAACUCUCACCCCACUCACCUCCCUUCCCAUCCUGGAGAUGACCUCCUGAGCCAGCCCCUGGCUGCAGGGACACCAAGACCCCUCGUCCUCCAGCCUUGACCUGGGGACAGGCAUCCCAGGCCAGUUGCCUUGGGACCUCUUCUUUCUACAGUGAAACUGCACUACCUUCUGUUUGAUGGGAAUUAUUGUUUUGCCUUGUUGCUGUGACCUCCCUAAGACGCUAGAGAUACUUCUUGGGAAAGGAUUGUCACCAUUGAAGUAAAAAGGGUUAAAAGCAAGAAAACUCACUUGAAGCCCUGAAACCAAACAGCAUCUGCCACAAGCUUCUCCGAGACAAGAGACCAGGGCAAACUGAGAAGUAUCGACAGCAUGACUUGUCCUCCACAUGACCCUCCAGCUUGGUCUGCCCACGGCCCGCCACCCACCGUCCACCCCGCGGCCCCAGAGCCCUGGGCUGGCUCCGACAGGCCCACCGCAGAGCUGUGCCACAGGAGUCCUGGACAAACCACCCAUGCUUUCUGUUUUUUCUGUUUUCUGACUGGUGCUCUCCUUACCCAUGAGGUAUUUCGUUCCAGUUCAACAGUACCUUUCCGACCCUCCAGUGAAGCCAGAGCGGGAGUAAAGGAGCGAGAAGGUGCGUGAGCAUGUCACACAGAACGGCACGUGUUUCCUUCCCGCUUAGAAAUGAAUCAGGUUUCUUUUCUGCAAACACUGUGUAUAGUAAGCAUUGCUCUACUUUGGAGAACUGAGAGCCCUUUUGAAAAUGAGGUUGAGUUUCCCCUUUUCUGACUUUUUCAUUUUUGAAGAUUUUUUUUCCCCUUUCCCUUCUUGGUCAGAAUCAAUCCUUUGGUGAAAGUAAGAACCACAGGAGUUGUUCAGUUUGGUCCUGCUGAGUUUUGGUUUUCAGUUGUCCAGCCUCACGGUUCUACACACUCGCCUCACGCUGCAGGGACUCGGGGCAGCUGUGUCUUCGGGAGUGACCAGGGCCCCAUCCUCCACAGAUGGACCAGCUGGGAUCUCGCCUGCCCUUCUCCUCCACGAGGCUUUUGCUCUGGUGCGCCAGCCCCAACCUCAGGUGGGGUGUUGAGGUCACCUCACAAAAGACUGCACUUUCCUCAGAACCAACAGGAAGCAACUCAACAGGGGUGGGCUGGCCCCUGCCCCUGGCAGCCCCGGCCUCCAUCCUGGCGAGCCCGGCCUGACCUCUUUGGUGCUGACCUUCCCAAAGUGAUGCCUUACUGGUUUUGUAUUAACUGUGUUCAUUUAUGCGCGUCGUGUCUGCCUGGGGUCCGUUUCGUAGUUGUUUUUGUUUUCCCCAUCAGAGCAAACAGGGCUAAAAAUGACCAUUACUCAUUAGGAGAACUCGAGUUGCUGGGACUUUUCUCAUCCAAGAGACUGUAUGUGUGUGGAUGCAUGACCAUUGGAAAAAGAAAAAGGGGGGAAAGUCUGUUUUGUUUUUUUUUCUCCCAGGGUCUUGAUUAGCUAACACCCUGGUGGGGCAGUGACCCACCUUGUGCAGGAAAAGAUGGGUACUCCUCCAGGUUGUCAUAACAGUGUCUGGCCCUGCCAGUGUGUGUGGACACACUGGUGCUUUCCUGAAAGAGUGGGGGAACCUUUGCAUUAUUUCUGUUUCAUAAAGAGAAUCUUUAUAGUACCCCCCCUCCCCCCGGGGUAGACUUGUUCACAAUCAGGGUUUUUAGUCCAUCUUUUCCAUUGAUUUUAAUGAAGGUCAAUCUCUGGAUGCUUUUUCUUCAUUUCUUUCUGCAAAAGCUUGAAAAAAAAAAGCUUGUCCAGCUUUCCCAGGACAUUGAUACCAUUUUCUUCCUCCUUGAAAGGAAAAGAAGAAAGCAUCCUACUAACUGGCGAAUGGCCUCAUCUUAGAGCUGUCCCGGCUUUCGGUCUCAGUAAACUCAGACUCUCUGCUAGGCCUUUGCAAGUCAUCUGAGUAUGUCUGUGUGUCUGGUUUAGUUUUAUUUUUGAUAAAGUUUUGGAAUCCUAUAUUUAGCCUGUGACCACAGGCCAAACCCUGAGCCUUCUGGUAAACCCAAAGGGUGUUCUCAGUUUAUCUCCCAAUGAUGACCUUACACUCUCAUACUGUGAAUUUGGGAGGAGGCAGAAUUGACUUCUCUUGGUGGGUGGAUUUCCCAGUCACCUUGCGAGUAGACACCUGCCAAGAUUGUUUGACAUUUUCUUUUAAAUGACACCCUCUCUUCUCUUUCACCUCUCCCCACUCAUAUGGACUUCCCACCACUGGGUCCAGGCUCGGAAGUAAAACCUCUGUCCCUGGUGCUGUCUGACUAGUAAACAGUGAUGGCAAGUAGCGGGGCCCUCGUAGGAGUCACAACUCAGUGUCCAUCCUAGCGUUUCGGGAAGCAGGGUUGUCAAAUAUGCACAUUUAUUAUUUUGGUCAUAUUCUACUUUUUGUGUCACUCACCUUUGACAAAGUGACUUUGUACUCAUUUAGGGCUCUGUCCAAAAUGCUUCCAUUUUGCCUUUUUCUACAGUUAGGCUGAUUUUGAAAUGUAUGAAAUUCUAUGCAACAGUUAUGUUGAGUUACCAAUGGAAGCCAAAAGAUUUCUUCCCAAACUGCCAAGAAUUUUACAGGCCAUAAAUGAGAUGGGAAUGCCUUUUAAUUUAAGGUGGUGGGUGGGGGAAGGGUGGGAAAGGAACUAGACUUGCCUAGACCUUUAUUGUAUCUUCGGGACAAUUUUUUUAUUUUAUCGUUGAUGCUUAAAUUUCAAAACUUUGUGUGUUCAGAUAUGGUCAUGGCGAAACUACUUCAAAAGGAAAAAGAAUCCAAAUUUUGUGGAUAUUAAAUGGAAGGUUUGCUGUUUUGAUCUAGUUGUUUCCAGUGGGGCAGUUUAUGAAAUAUGUUCUAUAAGAUGUACAUUUUUUCAUUGUAACAUAGAAAUUGUAAAUAAUUGAUUAAAGUGCUGCAUUUUGAUGAAUUUUUUCUAGCCAUUUUUAAAGAGAAAACUAGGAAUUGAGUAUUUUGUGUACGGUAUGUUCCCAUCUUCCCUCCCCUUCCACUCUUCUUCCUCCCUAUUUAAUUUUCAUUUGUCAUGAGGUUUGGAUUUGCCAAUGAUCUGCUGGAGAUCAUGCCCCACGUCAUAGAGAAUAAAACUGAUGAUUGUACCAGUCUUAAAUUAUUCAUGAUUCAAUAAAAUUGAUGCUUAUUUAUUCA